AUGGUAACUGAAUGUCGACAAUGCAUUGAAAAAUGCAACAACCCGAGAAAAACUAUCCAUCCAUGGGAACAACCUUCUAAUCCAUGGGAGAGGGUGCACAUUGAUUUCUUAGGACCAACAGAUGGCCAACAGUACCUGAUAUUAGUGGAUGCCUUUAGUAAGUGGGUGGAUGUGAUACAGACGAAAACAACUACAAGUACAUGGACAGUCCAAGAAUUACAGAAAAUCUUCUCAACUUUUGGGUUUCCUCACAUCUUAGUUUCAGAUAAUGGAAGACAGUUUGUUUCUCAAGAGUUCAAAAACUUCAUGAAUGAAUGUGGGAUUAUUCACAGAACAACGGCACCAUACCAUCCAAACUCAAAUGGCCAGGCUGAAAGGUACGUGCAGACUGUCAAGAAGGCGCUAAAAUCCAUGGAGGGAGAAAAGGGUACACUGCAAAAUAAAAUCCAAAGACUUUUAAUGCAACUCAGGCAAUCCCCGAAUUCAACAGGUACAUCAGCAUAUCACCUAAUGUUUGGAAGGAGUGUACGAACAAACCUCGCAAUAAUUGUUCCAACAUUAGAACCGAACAAAUAUCAGAAGAAGGGAGUCCAAGUCGGUAUAAAAAGGAAUUUCAAAGUUGGAGAUAAAGUGCAAGCACGGGAAUAUGUCAAUGGUUCGUCCAAGUGGUAUUUGGGCCAUAUAACUCAAAAGCAAGGACAUGUAAUGAACGUAGUUCAGCUGGAAGAUGGACUAAGAAGACAUGUUGACCAGCUGAUUCUUCGUAAAGUGCCGCAGCACAGUAAAUAG